UUUGUGUUCUUCUUCUGGAGCUUUAAACAUCUUCAUCUUCAUCAGUGUGUGAGGAUGGUGAGUGUGGUGCAGUGUUUAAUGUCGCGGCUGCUUUGGCCGCUGUGGCGCCGCGCGCAGGAGGAGGAGCAGCGGCUGCGGGAGGAUCUGAUGCCCGACGGUGUGGCUCAGAUCCGGCAGGUGCGCACUGGUGUCGUGACUCACCUGUGUGUGGAUUAUGGUCUGAUCGAUCACUCGGUGUUCUUCAGUCCGGCUGCAGUGUUAGGAGGAGCUGCGCUGGCGGUGGGAGACACUGUGCAGGCGCUAGCAGUGCGGGACGGGGAACACGGACAGUGGAGGGCCAUACGGGUGGAGCGGGACAAGGACUCGUGGGAGAGCAGCCAAUCAGAGGCUGUCAGUCAGGACAAACUGCGCACUCUGAUUGGAACGGUGACGUCAUGUGAUCAAGAUGGCGGAUAUAUAAACCAGACAACGUACUUCCCUCGAUCGGCUCUGUGUGAAGGGUUCGAGCCGAUGAAGGGUGACUGGGUAACAGCUCAUUAUGUGGUGUGUCCGGUGGAGUGGAGCAGUGAAGCGAGGGCCGUUUCUCCUCUCCGCUAUCGCCGCAUGGACGGGGUGAGUGUGACGUGUGUGCGGAGUAACACCGGUGUGGUGGAGGACAGUGUGUUCUUCAGUCUGGACUCUCUGAUCGUCCCGCCGGGCUUCAGGCCGUCUCGAGGGGAUCUGGUCAAUCUGGUGGUCCUGGAGAGCAGUCAGUCUCUGUACAGCUGGAGAGCGCUGUGUAUGACGCCGCUGCAGCGCAGUGCUCCGUGUUCAGAGCAGAAGGAGCCAGACGCUGAUCUUCAGGCUUUACUGCAGGAGAAAGGAGGCCUGCAGGUCAGCCAGCAGAACCAGUGUGUGUGUCUGCUACUGGGAGACUGCAGUGAGCAGAUCAUCUGGGUGCAGAACUGUGGCUCGGAGCGUCAGCAGCUGCAGCGGUGUGUGUGUGCAGGAUGGGACUCCGCUCAGCAGUUCAGCAUCCGCUCCGUCAGCAGGUGUGUGGAUGGAGGAACUGAAGCUCCACCUGUGCAGGUGCUGGAGGAGCCGCUGGACAUCCACCCCGGACAGAAGAUGUGUGUGCGCGUCUGCUGCACCGCAAAGACUCUGGGCCGCUCAACUGAGCUGCUGCUCCUGCACUUCUCCUCCUUCACCAUCGGGCGGCGUCUGGAGCUGUCUGUGAGCAGUGUGGAGGAACAGCUCCUCAAUCCCAGCAUGCCCUACUGCUCUCCGUCAGCCCCCCCGCUACAACAGCAGCCCCAGCAGGUGCUCACGGUCUCAGCCCCGCCCACGCCGCUCAGACUCACAAGGCGGCAUCUUCCGAACUUCCUAGGGAACUAUGCUGUACCGCACAUGCUGCGAGAGUGUGUGGAGGCCCAGAAGGAUGUGCUGGUGGUCCAGCCUGCUCUGGCCGAGGCGUUGAGCUUGCGGUCGAUGCUGCCGCGUUUCUCUGCUCUGCUGUGGCUGGAGGAGCUGCAGGCCGAGAGGGAGAUCCGGGAGUUCAGCCUCACCGGCGCUAUACUCAGGAGAGGAGCGGUGUACUUACACCUGGAGGUGCCGGGACUGGCGGAGGGACGCCCCAACCUCUUCAUCGGUGAUAAAGUGGUCCUGAAGAAGCCGUGCAGUGGAGGAGUUGUGAUUGAGUAUAUCGCGUACGUCACAGAGAUCUCUGAUGAGGAUGUGAGUUUGCGUGUGAAUGCAGAGUUUCAGAGCAGUUAUCUGGGAGAGCCUCUGGAUGUGGAGUUCAGCUUCAACAGGCUGACCAUGAGGAGAUGCCACUGCGCUCUGGAGCAAAGCAAACACUUCGGAGAGAACAUUUUAUUUCCCAGCAUGCUCCAGCUACAGGCGCCUCAGUGGAGUGGAGAGUGGGGUCUGCAAGAGGAGGAGGACGAGGAGCUGAAGGACAGUGAGCAGACUCAGGCAGUGAUGGGCUCAACACUGACCGCAGAGAUGGUGUCUGUGGCCACACAAACUAAAACAGAUCUGAGCGUGACAGAGAAGCGGAUCCCAAACCCAGGUCAGUUCUUUAACCCAGAUCUGAACGCGGCGCAGAAGCAGGCCGUCAGACACAUCCUGAGCGGAGAGAGUCGACCCACACCGUAUGUGCUGUUCGGACCACCCGGCACCGGCAAGACCAUCACACUCAUAGAGGCCAUCCUGCAGGUUCAUCACCGUAUCUCCUGCAGUCGUGUGCUGGUGUGUACUCCCUCUAACAGUGCGGCUGACCUGAUCUGCAUGCGUCUGCAUCACAGCGGCUUCCUGCACAGCGCCAGUCUGGCUCGAGUCAACGCCACCUGCAGGCCAGAGGAGUCCAUGUCGGAGGAGCUGCGUCAGUACGCUCGAGCUGGAGAAGACAUCCGACAUGCCAGUUUUCACCGGAUUGUGGUCAGCACCUGCUCCAGUGCUGGAAUGUUCUACCAGAUCGGCCUGCGUGUUGGUCACUUCACUCAUGUGUUUGUGGAUGAAGCCGGUCAGGCCACUGAACCUGAGACUCUGAUUCCUCUGAGUUUACUGUCUGAGACCAGCGGACAGAUUGUUCUGGCUGGAGACCCGAAGCAGCUGGGCCCGGUGGUGAAGUCCAGGCUGGCGUCAGUGUUCGGUCUGGGUGUGUCUCUGCUGGAGAGGCUGAUGGGAAACUCACUGUACGCCUGCGGAGAGAGAGGAUUCAACCCCCUGCUGGUGACGAAGCUGCUGUAUAAUUACCGCUCUCAUGAGGCUCUGCUGGAUCUGCCGUCGCGUCUCUUCUACGCUGGAGAGCUGUGUGUGCGCGCGCAGAGAGCUGCCGUCGACUCGCUCUGCCACUGGAACAAACUGCCCACCAGAGGAUUCCCACUCAUCUUCCAUGGGGUCCGGGGCUCAGAGAUGCGUGAGGGCUGUAACCCAUCAUGGUUUAACCCAGCAGAAGCGGUGCAGGUGAUGAUGUACUGCUGUCAGCUCGCCAAGAGACUCUACAACCCCAUCCCUGCUGCGGACAUCGGCGUCAUCGCACCCUACCGCAAACAGGUGGAGAAGAUCCGCAUGCUGCUGCAGCGGGUGGGUCUGGGUGAGGUGAAGGUGGGCUCAGUGGAGGAGUUUCAGGGUCAGGAGUUCCUCAUCAUGAUCCUCUCUACGGUUCGCUCCAAUGAAUCUCUGCUGAAUGAAGAGCUGCAGUGCAUGCUGGGAUUCCUGUCCAACCCCAAGCGCUUCAAUGUGGCCAUCACUCGAGCCAAAGCCCUGCUGAUCGUCAUCGGCAACCCACACGUGCUCAUCAAGGAGCCGUGUUUCAGUGCACUGCUGCAGUACUCGUAUGAUAACCGAGCGUUUAUCGGCUGUGAUCCUCCUGUGACUCUGCAGACCUCCUGAAGGACUCUCUCUCAGAAGACUCUCGGACUUGAUCUCUUGGUUGUUGUUAAUGAAUAUGGAGUCAUUUCUCCUGGUUUUGCUUCUAGAGCACAUUAAUGGAGUAUUCUCCACUUCUCACUGUUUAUUUCUGUUGUUUACAUGUUGAGAAUUAAAUAAUUUGUGUAAGAAUGUGACGUGUUGAU